AUGGCUGCGCAGCCGGCCGAGCGGUCGUUCGACGUGAUCGUGGUGGGCGCGGGCAUCAUGGGCAGCUGCGCGGCGCACGCGGCGGCGUCCCGGGGCGCGCGCGUGCUCCUGCUCGAGCAGUUCGACCUGCUGCACCAGCGCGGGUCGUCGCACGGCGAGUCCCGCACCAUCCGCGCCACCUACCCGCAGCCGCGCUACCCGCCCAUGGUCCGCCUCUCGCGCCGCCUCUGGGACGACGCGCAGCGCGACUCCGGGUACGCCGUGCUCACGCCCACCCCGCACCUCGACCUGGGCCCGCGGGACGACCCGGCGUUCGUCGCCUCCGUCGCCAACGGCGGCGCCACCUUCCUCGCCUCGGCGGCGGACGCGCCACGCCCAUCGUGGGCGGAUGCGUUCAGGGUGCCCGACGGGUGGGCGGCGGCGAGCAGCGAGCUGGGCGGGGUGAUGAAGGCGACCAAGGCGGUGGCCAUGUUCCAGGCGCUGGCCGCCAAGAUGGGCGCCGUCGUGAGGGACAGGACGGAGGUCGUCGACGUCGCCAGGAAAGCAGGAGAAGGAACGACGGCGACGAUCGUGGUGAAGACAGCUACCGGCGAGGAGUUCCACGGCGGCAAGUGCAUCAUCACCGUCGGCGCGUGGACGAGCAAGCUGGUCAAGUCGGUCACCGGCGCCGACCUGCCCGUGCAGCCGCUGCACACCCUCAUCUGCUACUGGAAGGUGAAGCCCGGGCACGAGCGCGAGCUCACGACAGAGGCCGGCUUCCCGACGUUCGCGAGCUACGGCGUCCCCUACAUCUAUAGCACGCCGUCGAUGGAGUACCCGGGGCUGAUCAAGAUCGCCAUGCACGGCGGGCCGCCGUGCGACCCGGACGGCCGGGACUGGGCCAUCGGCCCGGGGGAGGACGGGCUGGUGGAGCCCGUGGCGCGGUGGAUCGACGAGGUGAUGCCGGGCCGCGUGGAGACCGCGGGCGGGCCGGUGGUCCGGCAGGCGUGCAUGUACUCCAUGACGCCCGACGAGGACUUCGUGAUCGACUUCCUGGGCGGCGAGGAGUUCGGGAGGGACGUGGUGGUCGGCGCCGGGUUCUCCGGCCACGGGUUCAAGAUGGGCCCGGCGGUGGGGAGGAUCCUGGCGGAGAUGGCGCUGGACGGCGAGUCGGGGACGGCCGCGGAGGCCGGCGUGGAGCUCCGGCACUUCAGCAUCCGGCGGUUCGACGGCAACCCGACGGGGAACGCCAGGAGUUUCUGA